AUGGAGUCAAUUUCUUCGCGUUUCCGGCGCACUAAGAAAGCCUCACCCACUACUCCGCCUUCUGGAGUGCUGUCUGGGUCCCCUCCGGACAAAUCAUCCUCGGAAAGCAAACUUGGUCCUGUGGGCCGUCGUGGAUCAUUGCCAACCUUAACUAUCCCCAAUACCCAUAGUUCUCGCAAUGAUAUGCCUUCCAAGUCUCCUUUUCGUCGAGGGUUCCAUUUUCGACAUUCGCAUAAGCGCGCCCGAUCCCCCGCUCCAGCUUCAUUACCUAUGCCUGCUUCACCCGCACCCGCAGUAGCAAGUCAAGACAACGCAGUCGAACUCGGUAGAUCAACACCAGCUAGUGGUGUCGAAGACAAGAACGAGAAGGAGAUGAUCAAGGAAACACCCAGACCCAAGAUUCCGGCUUUCCUGACUCAGUCCCAGCAGGAUAUCGAGGCUAAGUUCCACGAUCUGAACUGGGCUGAGCGCUUCCGUCUGCAGGAAUCAAUGAACAACCCAUCCCCAAGCUUCAAGUUCGCCCGCGUCACCACACCCGAGACUAAGGUUCUCGACCGGUACGCGAAUAUCCAGCCAUGGGCCAAUAACCGCAUCAAACUACAGGUCCCUGAUGGUCGCCUCGAUUACAUCAACGCGUCGCCCAUAACUCUUCGUUCUCCCCUAGAUCCCCAAUCGAAGCCACCGCAUCGUUAUAUCGCCAUGCAAGGACCCAAGUCCGGGACUACGGAUCACGUUUGGCGAAUGGUAGUGGAGCAGCUGGAGAGUCCAGCUGUAAUUGUGAUGCUGACCGAAACGCACGAGGGCGGAAUGGAGAAGUGCUUCCCAUAUUUUCCUCGAUCCAUUGAGGAGGAACCGUGGGUGAUAGGAGAGGAUGACGAGUUUGGUGACGGUUUCCACGCCAAGGUUAAAUGUGUCGAUAUUGAGGAACAUGCUGACGGUGCGAUCGAGGUCCGGAAACUGAAUAUCGACGUCGAAGGGCGAGAGGACGACAUGACUGUAUGGCAUCUUCUUUACCGCAGGUGGCCCGACUUCGGCGUUCCGGCCCUGGAGGAUAUUGAUAGUUUUUUCGAGCUCAUGCGACUGUCGAAAGAGAAGAAUGCGAGCGAAGAUAACCCACGGAUCAUCCAUUGUUCAGCGGGCGUGGGAAGAAGUGGAACAUUCAUGGCCCUUGAGCAUCUAAUGCGAGAAAUAGAUUCAGGUGACGUGGAUCGUCUCGAAAUGGACAUUAAUAGGAGUGGGGAGGAUAUUGUAUACAAGACGGUCGAUGCGCUCAGGGAGCAGCGGAAACAGAUGGUCCAAGCUGAGGCCCAGUACCUUUUUAUCUACCAGGUGCUACGCAAGCUCUGGCUAGACAAGCAUGGGCUUACCGAGCAGGAUAUCCGGGAGGAGCCCGCAGCCAAGAGGUUGGAGGUUGAUUUCGACCCUUUUCUUGAUGAUUAA